GUCUGAGGUGCCAGUGAAAUACCGUAUGCACGUCAUAGAAAUGAUCGAAGACGUCGUCGACGGAAUCUUUGUCCAAGCUGGGGCGUCCAGACAAAUGGCGGAAUGCCGCAGAAACUAUAAAUUAGCCCUGCACAAGUCGUCGGAAGAAAACCGAGAUGCCCUGCUUAAUGACUGCAAUGCAUCCAAGGAAAAAAUCGAACAGCUUGAAGCUGCAUUGCAGAUCAAGAAUACGGAGCUACGGCAGCUUUCUUCCUCCUUAGCUGAUGCUGAAGCGAAACUGAACGAUACGAAACAACUGCUGCGUCAAGAGGAAGAGAAAGUAUCCGAAAAGUCGAAAGAGAACGAAAAUCUGUCGUCGCGCCUAGCCAAUGAAUCGACAACGUUUAGCCGCAAGGAAAACGAUUUGGUUGAGGAAAUGAAAUUCGUCGUCAAGCAGCUGGACGAGAGCAAAUGGAGAUGCGGCGAGGUGGAGGCCGAGUUGGAGCACAAAACUUAUGAGGUGAAUUCCGUCAACGAGGAAAGGAACCGCCUUAUCGAGCAGCUGGACGCCAUUCGUCGUGAAAAGAACGACCUCGCCGAAAGGGUAAUGCUGUUAAGCGAUCAGUUCUCCAACAUAUCUUCCUUGGGAAUGGACAGUGCUUUCAGCGACUGCUCGGUGAAAGACGAAGGACAGCAGCCGGAUUUAAAUGCAACCCGCCUUAGCUCCUACGUAUACGGCGAAGACCCGCUAUUGGAAGUAAAGGACGUUAAAACAAGAGGCGUCCAGCUAGACCUAACUCUGAAAGAAAAAAACAAGGAAGUUGAGGCAGCGCUUGAAGAGCUAAAUGCCGCCAAGCAGGAGGGAGUCCACCUGCAAAAACUGUACGGUUUUGGGCUUGAUGAGGAAAGGGCGAAGACUGCGGCGUUGCUCGAACAACAGGUCGAAUCAGUCGAAACUGCCGGCCAAAGGCAAAUACAGAGGCUUGUGGUCGUGAACGAGACGAUGCAGGAAAAUGUGGAUCAAACAGAGCCAAUGGCAAAAAACCACGUAACCGUGGACGAGGUCUUACGGCAAUUAGAGGAAACAAAGCAACGAUGCGCGGAACUAAAUGAAACGUUGAUUCAGAAAAACGGAGAACUGGAAGGUGUUGCACAGGAAAAGAACCGGCUCGAAGGCGAGUUGAUGACCGUCCGAAAGGAAGCAGAUGACCUGAGAGCUCAGCUAGACGCCGAGAAACAGAAAUCAGAGGACUACCUCAAACAGCAAUCAGGCGACACCCAACUGGCGGAUUUCUUGAACAGAAUAAUGGUACUCGAAAAUUCACUUAGAGCGAAUGAGGAAGAAAUCGAGAUUAAAUCCCAAGAGACCGUCGACUCGUCCAGGAAGGAGGUCGAUGAUCUGAAAUGGAAAACAAAUUAUUACAUCUUCGAGGAACAUCUCUAUUGUUCUUAUGCCCAAACAUCUUAUUAUUUUUCGAUUAUUAAUUCGCUCGUUUUUCACUCGUUCGUUCAUUUGUUCAUUCGUUCAUUCCUUCGUUCGUUCAUUCGUUCAUUCUUUCAUUCGUUCAUUCGUUCAUUCAUUCAUUCAUUCAUUCAUUCAUUCAUUCAUUCAUUCAUUCAUUCAUUCAUUCAUUCAUUCAUUCAUGCAUUCAUUCAUUCAUUGAGAUACGGAGAACUGAAGGAAACGUUCAGUCGAACAACCGCAGAACUGGAAGACGUAAUGCAAGAAAAGAAAAGUCUAGAAAAUGAGCUGCGUGCAACCUCAGAAAAGGCAGACGACCUGAAAGUUCAGUUGGAAGACGAAAGACAGAAGCUUGACGAAUACCGAAAACAACAGACAGACGGCAACAAAUUGGCCGAAUCUUUGAGCAGAGUAGCCGAACUGGAGAAUUCCCUCAAAGAAAAGGAUGAAGAAAUCGAAAAACUGAAACAUGAUACGAAUGUCCAAGAAGCACUCAAUUCAAAGUUAAGAGAAGUCGAAGACCUGAAAUGGAAGAACUGUUCUAUAAAGAAUCGCGACAGCAUCGAGUUGGAUGAUCUGGAUUCGAAGAGCAAGAAAACCACCAUUUAGUU